AUAAAACGUUUUUGCUUGAAAAUCUAGCUAAUGCUAAUAGUUAGCUUCUUUCUUAAGAAAUUCAAGGUAAUGUAAUGCCUAUUGACUUGUUCUUUUAUAUUUUGCCUUCAUGCUGUUUUUACGAUCAUCUGACAUUAAACUGUGAGUUAUGUUAUUUAUAUAAGGCAAAAUCAUUUUUCUUGGAACUGUUGAGUAUAUUAUGAUGUCAUAAUCAUUAAAACUAUAAAAUAUAUCCAUAAACAAUUUUUGUAUAUGCACGUACAUGAUUAAUGUUGUACACACUUGCCUCCCUAAUGAAGAGGAUUUUCCCAUGGGAUGUCCAGCCAGUCUUUUCUAUAAAAACCACAUUCUGUCUGUUCAUCCACUAUGGUUUUAAUGUAACGAAUUGGUGAUACGAAAAGCAUAAAAUAAUUCAGGGGGAAUAGCAAAUGUAACAUGAUUUGAAAUCGUUACAAACAUUUUUUUCACACUGACAGGCCAGGUGUAGCUAGAAAGGAAUUCAUCAACAGUAUAAAUUGGUUUAUUCUCCUUUUGUUGUCAAGAUAUAUUCCAGUUUUUAAAAUAUCUAACUAUAAGAUGUUUCAAAACUUCUUUUUAAAAAAUUUAACACAGUCUAAGUCUUUCUUCACUGAAGGUUAACAGCUUAAACGUUUGUUUUCAAUGUGAUAUGUUUUAACAAGAAGAAACAUAUAAUAGCAAGAGGUGCACGUAUAUAUGCAACCACUUUGAGAAAUGACAUAGAGGUGAAAAGACCGAGUAAUAUUUUGUAUUCUUUUUCUCAACCUAACCUAACCCUAAGGUUAUUGUUUUAGAUAUUUUUAGGAAAAAGAAAGUACAUCCCCCUUGCUUGUUACAGAUUUUAAUAGAUUUGAAUCUAUAGAAUGAUCCUCUUCGUCAGAAGAACAUUCACAAAAAUAUUUGUUUUUGAAUACUGCAAUGACCUUAUAACCAAUCCAUAUCCAAGAAAAAACUUUAAUUACUAGUUAAAAUAAUGUAGUAAUAUCAUUUUAACAUUUAAUCAAGGGAAUGUUUUAGUUUAAAUGUUUUCAUGUUAUUGUCACCUCAUGUACCCUGUGUUUUUCGUGUUUUGUGUGCAUAAGUUUUUUAUCAGUGUGAGAUAUCUGUGCUGUGCGUAUGUGUGUGUUAUGAUUUGUGUUUUAAUAGGUGUUUUUGUGUUUUAGUAAGUAAAGGCUUUUGUGUGUGUGAUAUUUCUUGUGUAUAGUGUAUUCACCAUUCGAUGUAAGGAUUUGUGGAUUUGGUUUUGUUUUCUGUUGUGAUAUAGCAAAUUCGCAACUUUUUUGUUUGUUUGUAGCAUCACUAAAAUUGUGUGGCCGAACCUAUUUCCCGUAAUCAAUACUACUAAGUUGCUGUAAUAAAGGGUUUUGGUGACAUUUACAGCUAGCAGUUCAGAAGCUAAAUGAUUGACUCUAAUUCGGGAAGUUGAGUUCCUGUAUAUGUUUUGAAGCACAUCAAUAUUGAAUACUGAUGUUUUAGCAUAACAUUCCAGUAAGUCCUACUAAUGUCACACAAAUGACACACAAAUGAAAGUAAUGUAUAAUUUCAUUAUGUGACGUGUUGUAUACCAAGUGAAAACCCACUUAAUUAGUAAAUUAGAUAUUUACAGAGCAAAAAAAAAUAUUUAAUGUCAUCAUUGAAACGACCUGUCCAUAUCCAGAAAAAGGAGAAAUUUUUUUUUGCAUAAAUGAAUUGGCUGUGCAUUAAAGAAUUAGUGUGUUUUUGACUAUUGGUCUCUGCAGGAAAAGACAAUGUUUUUUUUAGGUCAACAUUAAUUAAAUUGACUUUGAAAGUGCAAUAUAAUGACCUCGUAAUUCUUUAUAAGGUGUUGACAUAUGCAUGCUAUGCUGAAGUAAUUACCUAAUAAUAACAAAGUUUAUAUUGUUACAACAUUCUUCUUCUAAGAUUUCACAAAGAAUUAGCAUACCAUUACUCAGUAUAUAUUUUCCACCAGUAAGUCCUGUUAAAAACUUGACUUGGACAGCUAUUCUGUGUAAAUUUAAGAUUUACAUUGCUGAACUUUGCCUUAUCAUCUCAAGCCAUUUGCAAUUGAUUUGUCGUGUUAUUUUAUUAUUAUGCAUGUACUUAAUUUAAGCUUUAAUGUACAUAGAACUUUUUGUUUUUAGGUCAAUGUAUUUAUAAAAGAUGACUAAAAUUACAGAUCUUCAUAGUGAUGCAUUGAUUGAAAUAUUUCACUUUUUUAAAUUGCAGGAACUUCCAACAUUGUUACAAGUAUGUAAACAUUGGAGAAACAUUAUAGAUUCUUGUAAUGAUAUAUGGAGAAAAUUUAUUCCAAAAUGUAAAGUUUUUAUACCUCCUAUUCUUAAAACUUCGAAACAAACAUUACAGAAUAUCAGACAGAAGAGUUUCUUAGUUGGUGAAGAAAUGUGGUACCCUGACACAUAUCCACAGCUAGUUACUAGAAAUGAUUUGAUUCGAUUUUGUGAUCAUUGGGGUUAUGGUAUGCAUAGGCCUGAUCGAACAGGAUUUAAAAUGUACACCAGACUGAAUCCUCUUUAUGAUUUUAUUAAUGACCAUAAAAAUGAAAAGCUAGCUCCGUUGAUUAACAGAAUUUGGGAGAACUUUGACGCAGGCCAACCAUUUGCUGAAACUUCUGAAGAAAAUCGAGCCGCCAGUCGGGAAUAUAACAAUCAUCUCAUCAUUGUUACUUUGCACGAUGUAAUCGAUCAAUCACAAGUUGAGAAAUAUGAUCCAGUCUAUAAAGAAAAAAUACAGGAGUGGUUUGAACCUUAUUACAUUCGUAAAAAUAUUGAUGUAGAAAGAAUUAAUCUGGAAACUUUAUCUAUGACCGAACAAUAUCAAGAUGGAGACAUUACACAUACUGACUUUGUAGCUGUUGAACCAGAGGAGGAUAAUUAUAUUGCAUUUCAAGUUGCGGCUAACGAAAAUUUGAGGAAAAAUUAUUACCAACCCACUGAUGCUUUCUAUCAGAAAUUCAUUAAAACUUUGUUUGGACCAAAUGGUGAUAAAGAGGCUCGAACAUUUUAUCUAGUUGAUGGUUCUCUUAAUGAAAAUUUUGACUAUGGUAGAGAUAUAACUAUCGGGGAAAAUACUGUGUUUUAUAACUCCCAAUUUUACGAUUUAUAAGAUUUUGAUAAAAUGCAAUAUACAAAAGAAUUAUAUUAUAUACUUUAAAAUUAAUUUUGUCGAUGCAGUGAUUUUUAAUAUUCUUUCUUAAUUUUUUUUGUAUUUUUUAUAUCAUUGAAUUGUGUUAAACUUGUUCUCCACUGAUAUUAAUAUAAGAUGUUUUAGAAUUAUACGUUUUAGCAUAACGAAUGUUCACAUUAAGGAUUUUCUGAAGAUAAAGUAGAAUAAAGGAAAAUGUGUAUAUGGAGAGUAUUGUUUAAGCUAAAUGUGAUAUCUUUGGGCAAUCAUUGUCUGUCUGUCUGUCUGUCUGUCUGUCUGUCUGUCUGUCUGUCUGUCUGUCUGUCUGUCUGUCUUAUAUAUCAAAAUCCUUUAAUACCUUCUAUAUUAUCUUAACAGACUUGGUUUCUUAAAUUAAGAAAUGGUUUAAAGAAGGAAAAUAAAUGGAGUCAAAUAUUUACUCUUCCACCAGAACGAUUGAUGUGCAGUCACAAUUUUUGGUUCUUACACUUCAAUCUAAAUAGUUAAAUUAUAUUGUGAUGUUGCUUAUAACUGAUUGAGUUUGUAUUUAUAAAAUACCUUUAAAUACCUCUUUCACAAGUUUUUCAUUGAUUAAAUUGAAAAUUUUGCCCAAAUGUUAAGUGCUGUUGAAAUUUGUCAUAAGGGAGAAUAUUCAUUGUCACUGCCCCUAUCGUUCUGAUUUUCAUUCCUUGUGCAUGCUUCUUUACUAUCUGUCUAUGCACUGCUGUGUUAUAUGUUGGUGUGUGUGUUUUUUAGCUAUUCUGCUUACUUGUUUGGAGAUUCCUCUAUUGAAUCAUUUCUUGCUAUCCAUUUUAGAAGCGUAUGGAGUGUGCCUCUUAUUUCAAGUGAGUUUAUUUAUAGACAUUCAUAGAAAGGAGUGUAUAAGCACAUGUUUAUGGUCAUUUAUUUGAUUAAAGAUAAAACUGAAACUGUCAACACCAUUUCAGUUUGUAACCUGUCUGAUAAUAACUGGUUGGUCAAAAGGUUACAGAAAGGGAAUAAUAUAAUGACCAUGAAAUACAUGUUUAUUUAAUCUAUUCCAAUCUUUAGUAUUUUAGUUUAGUAUUUUAUUUUUCAUAUCUAUUCAUUAUUUGCAUAUCAGUUUUUUCCAACAUAUUUACAUUUACAACUUUUGCAACUCUGCUGUUGUACACAAAGUAUCUCUGUUUAUUUUUUUAUGCAUCAAUUGUCAUUCCUUGUUUGUUACGAAAAAACAUCCUGAUUUCUUGCUUUUAUCUGCUUUGCGAUCUUUUUUCAUUUGUCCAACUUUGUCAAAUUAAACUCUCCACUCAAAUUGACUUUUUGGAGGGUUAUUGCAAGAACGUUAUUAAUAAUCACUUUAAAAUUUCAAGUUCUUUGAAGGGUGAUACAUGAGAGUGCCUAUUUCUUCCAAAUUAAUGCCAUUGUGAGGAAGAGAUUGCAACUGAUAUGCCAAAUAUGCUUAUAAAUUCUUCGAGGGAAAAAGGCGGAAAAAAACGGCUUAAAAAGCGAAAAACUGCUUACAGGAUAUGAUACGUUGUGCGAUAUUAAUCUUAAAAGUGAGGUGGUUGUUGUUUUUAACUUUUCAAGAUUAAUCAAAACGUUUUUGAUCAUUUUGACCUGUUUUGUUUUUGUAAACUUUGGCUCCCACAAUCCACAAAUAUUCUUUUCCACAUUUCUUGAUAAAGUUUUAUCUAAAGUUCGUAAUAUUGGACAUGUUUUUUUCUUUUAGUUUUUCCUCUUGUUCUAUUCAUUUUUUUAAAAAAACAUAAUUGCACAUCAAGAUAUUUAGUAAAUUGGAAAUUAACUACAAUCCUGUUUAAACUUUUUAGAAAAACGAUUUUUUUUGGUCAUUUUUUGAAAUGCCAAUACAGCAUCCCCUUCUGAAUGCUCGGCAGUCGAAAGGCUGACGGAGUUUUGCUUGGGCAGAUGUGUAGGGUGGUAAGAAGUGUUAAAAAUGCUCUAUUAGCCGUUUCCUCGAUGUCCUCAUUGUGAAAGUAAGUAAGUAAGUAUUUAUUUAUUUGUCCUAAUAGACAGGAGACCAUUCCGAUAGGAUAAUAGCUAAUAGCUAGGAAUGACCACCAAACCAAGUUACAAAGAAACAGUCAACGUGAAGAUUGACAAGUACAUUUUAAAAAGUUUAAAGUGCGUGGGUGUGAUAUUGAAACUCCAUAAAACAUUGCUUGUGGGUAGGAUCUCCUAAAUUAAGUAUUUAUUUCAAAAGUUGUUUGACAUAAUUGUAGUGCAAAUGAUGCAAGGUCAGAAUUAGGCGCAGUUUUAGAAUUUUGAUGUGUAACACUUCAAUAUGUGCAAGUUGUGAACAACGCGAGGGACAUCAAAGCUGUGGUUUUGACACAACCAAGUUUGAGAUUGAAUCAAAUAUUUACCAGGGAAAUAGAAAAUGUUUUAUUGAUUUAAAAUAAGUUACAAUCAUUUCUAUCCACGGGAAAGCCAGAAGGGAUAAAUUAACAUGAUAAGUUAGUUCACCUUUCUCCCUUUGAUAUAUUACAGUUUUUAAAGUAAUUAAAUAUUAAAAUGUGUUAAACUUGUGUAAAAUUGUUAUAAAGAAGCCCCAACAUUUUAUCUUGUUGAUGGCUGUUCUUAUGAUAAUUUUGAAUAUUCGAGAGAAUUAACUAUUUGUGAAAAUGUGGUGUUUUAUAACUCUCAUUUUUAUGAUUUGUAUACAAUGUUACAGUUGUUUUAUUUAAAAAAUACAAAAAUAUAUUAACUUUCAA